UGGCAUUCCGCCUUCAACGUGCGAUCUCUAGCCCAAACAAACGGAGGCUGUACUGCACGGUGAAGUUGCCACCCAUUCAGUGACACGCAAAAUAAAGGAAGUGGGUGCAGCAGCGAGUGCUAUUCAUAUCCAGAGAUGCUACACACCAGCACAGAGCAAAGAAGAGAUGUGGCGGCGUGCCGCUUUCCGUGUGACAGGAACAGGAAGUGGUAAACGCACUUAGAGAACGCUAAAAAGAUGAGGCUUGUAUGUAAAUCAUCAUUGAGCUCCCAAACUGAUCAGACUUCCUACACCAUUGAACUGUGGAUGGAGUGAAGUGGAAGUUGUUUGGAAGCAAGAUGACACAGAAAAACGCCGGUGGUGGCACCACCCAGGAUGGAGACAAACUGAAAAUUGUCAUUGUGGGCGAUGGAGGCUGUGGGAAAACAUCGCUCUUGAUGGUGUACGCUAAAGAUUAUUUCCCAGAGAAAUACGCCCCGACUGUGUUUGAAAAAUACUCCACCUCUGUGGUUCUUGGAGGGAAAGAAGUAAAGGUCAACCUGUACGACACAGCAGGACAGGCGGACUAUGACAGGCUGCGGCCGCUCUCCUACCAGGAAGCCCAUUUGAUUUUAGUCUGCUUUGAUGUGACCAACCCAACCAGUUUUGACAAUGUCACCAUAAAGUGGAACCCAGAGGUGAAGCACUUCUGUCCCCACAUUCCAGUCAUCCUAAUCGGCUGCAAGACUGACCUCAGGAAGGAUAAAGAGUGCAUCAGGAGGCUCAAAGCCAUUAAUCAAGCUCCUAUCACUUACACACAGGGCCUGGCCACUCAGCAGGGGAUGAACGCCGAGCUCUACCUGGAGUGCUCGGCUAAGUACCAGGAGAACGUGGAAGACGUCUUCAGGGAGGCCGCCAAAAUGGCUCUGGCGUCCCGUCGCAAACACAGAAACUAUAAAAGGAAGAGGAAAUGUGCCAUUUUAUGAGGAUGAGAGGGGAGCUGCAUGGUCGCCUGUUGACGCGAGAUACAUGUGCACUUUGGAGAAAGAUGGAAUGUAUUUAGUCAUUAUUUCACUGUCAUUUAUGGAAAAAAAGUGUUUUUAAAGUUUUAGGUUGAUUGGCAACACUAAAUUGGCCCUAGUGUGUGAAUGUGAGUGUGAAUGUUGUCUGUCUAUCUGUGUUGGCCCUGCGAUGAGGUGGCGACUUGUCCAGGGUGUACCCCGCCUUCCGCCCGAUUGUAGCUGAGAUAGGCGCCAGCGCCCCCCGCGACCCCGAAAGGGAAUAAGCGGUAGAAAAUGGAGGGAUAAAGCAAGGCCAAAUAUUGAGUAUUUUGUACAAACCCCGUUUCCAUAUGAGUUGGGAAAUUGUGUUAGAUGUAAAUAUAAACAGAAUACAAUGAUUUGCAAAUCCUUUUCAACCCAUAUUCAGUUGAAUGCACUAGAAAGACAACAUAUUUGAUGUUCAAACACAUAAACUUCAUAGAUUUUUUUGCAAAUAAUAAUUAACUUGGAAUUUCAUGGCUGCAACACGUGCCAAAGUAGUUGGGAAAGGGCAUGUUCACCAAUGUGUUACAUCACCUUUUCUUUUAACUCAAUAAACGUUUGGGAACUGAGGAAACUAAUUGUUGAAGCUUUGAAAGUGGAAUUCUUUCCCAUUCUUGUUUUAUGCACUGGCUUCCUGUGCACUUAAGAUGUGACUUUAAGGUUUUACUACUUACGUAUAAAAUACUACACGGUCUAGCUCCAUCCUAUCUUGCCGAUUGUAUUGUACCAUAUGUCCCGGCAAGAAAUCUGCGUUCAAAAGACUCCGGCUUAUUAGUGAUUCCUAGAGCCCAAAAAAAGUCUGCGGGCUAUAGAGCGUUUUCCGUUCGGGCUCCAGUACUCUGGAAUGCCCUCCCGGUAACAGUUCGAGAUGCCACCUCAGUAGAAGCAUUUAAGUCUCACCUGAAAAUUCAUCUGUAUACUCUAGCCUUUAAAUAGACCUCCUUUUUAGACCAGUUGAUCUGCCGCUUCUUUUCUUUCUCCUAUGUCCCCCCCCUCCCUUGUGGAGGGGGUCCGGUCCGAUGACCAUGGAUGAAGUACUGGCUGUCCAGAGUCGAGACCCAGGAUGGAGCGCUCGCCUGUAUCGGUUGGGGACAUCUCUACGCUGCUGAUCCGCCUCCGCUUGAGAUGGUUUCCUGUGGACGGGACUCUCGCUGCUGUCUUGGAUCCGCUUGAACUGAACUCUCGCGGCUGUGUUGGAGCCACUAUGGAUUGAACUUUCACAGUAUCAUGUUAGACCCGCUCGACAUCCAUUGCUUUCGGUCCCCUAGAGGGGUGGGGGGUUGCCCACAUCUGAGGUCCUCUCCAAGGUUUCUCAUAGUCAGCAUUGUCACUGGCAUCCCACUGGAUGUGAAUUCUCCCUGCCCACUGGGUGUGAGUUUUCCUUGCCCUUUUGUGGGUUCUUCCGAGGAUGUCGUAGUCGUAAUGAUUUGUGCAGUCCUUUGAGACAUUUGUGAUUUGGGGCUAUAUAAAUAAACAUUGAUUGAUUGAGAGCUUCAGUCGUUCAACAGUCCGGGGUCUCUUCUGUCGUAUUUUACGCUUCAUAAUGCGCCACACAUUUUCCAUGGGAGACAGGUCUGGACUGCAGGCGGGCCAUAAAAGUACCCGCACUCUUUUUUUAUGAAGCCACGCUGUUGAAACACGUGCUGAAUGUGGCUUGGCAUUGUCUUGCUCAAAUAAGCAGGGGCGUCCAUGAAAAAGACGGCAGCUUAUGUUGUUCCAAAACCUGUAUGUACCUUUCAGCAUUAAUGGUGCCUUCACAGAUGUGUAAGUUACCCAUGCCUUGGGCACUAAUGCACCCCCAUACCAUCACAGAUGCUGGCUUUUCAACUUUGCGUCGAUUACAGUCUGGAUGUUUCGCUUCCUCUUUGGUCCGGAUGACACGAUGUCGAAUAUUUCCAAAACAAUUUCAAAUGUGGACUCGUCCGACCACAGAACACUUUUCCACUUUGCAUCAGUCCAUCUUAGAUGAUCUCGGGUCCAGAGAAGCCGGCGGUGUUUCUGGAUGUUGUUGAUCAAUGGCUUUCGCUUUGUAUAUUAGAGCUUUAACUUGCACUUACAGAUGUAGCGACAAACUGUAUUUAGUGACGGUGGUUUUCUGAAGUGUUCCUGAGCCCAUGUGGUGAUAUCCUUUAGAGAUUGAUGUCGGUUUUUGAUACAGUCCCGUCUGAGGGAUCGAAGGUCACGGUCAUUCAAUGUUGGUUUCCGGCCACGUGAAGUGAUUUCCCCAGAUUCUCUGAACCUUUUGAUGAUAUUAUGGAGCGUAGAUGUUGAAAUCCCUAAAUUUCUUGCAAUUGCACUUUGAGAAACGUUGUUCUUAAACUGUUUGACUAUUUGCUCACACAGUUGUGGACAAAGGGGUGUACCUCGCCCCAUCCUUUCUUGUGAAAGACUGAGCAUUUUUUGGGGAAGCUGUUUUUAUACCCAAUCAUGGCACCCACCUGUUCCCAAUUAGCCUGCACACCUGUGGGAUGUUCCAAAUACGUGUUUGAUGAGCAUUCCUCAACUUUAUCAGUAUUUAUUGCCACCUUUCCCAACUUCUUUGUCACGUGUUGCUGGCAUCAAAUUCUAAAGUUAAUGAUUAUUUGCAAAAAAAAAAAAAAAAUAUAUAUAUAUGUUGUCUUUGUAGCAUAUUCGACUGAAUAUGGGUUGUAAAUGAUUUGCAUAUCAUUGUAUUUUGUUUAUAUUUACAUUUAACACAAUUUUCCAACUCAUAUGGAAACAGGGUUUGAAAUACAUUUCAAAUGAUUUUAAUGACUAAGGAUAUGGAUUUUCUUCUGGAUGUUAAUGUGUCAACAAAUGACACAAUAUUUUGUUCCAUGAAUUUUUACUUGAAUACUCAACUCAAAAGAACAACCAUUUUGACAGUUAUUACUUCCCUUAUUCUUUUUUUUUUAGCAAAAAGAGUACAAUACUGCCGCAUUCAUCUUGAGCAACAGCGCCUACCAGUGGUAAAAACGUGAACUUGCUCACCCAUUGGGACGGAGUAUUUCCGUUUGUUUACACCAGUGGUUCUCAACUCAACCUUUUUUCAGUGAUGUACCCCCUGUGAACAUUUUUUUAAUUCAAGUACCCCCUAAUCAGAGCAAAGCAUUUUUGGUUGAAAAAAAAGAGAGAUAAAGAAGUAAAAUACAGCACUUUGUCAUCAGUUUCUGAUUUAUUAAAUUGUAUAACAGUGCAAAAUAUUGCUCAUUUGUAGUUGUCUUUCUUGAACUAUUUGGAAAAAAAGAUGUAAAAAUAACUAAAAACUUGUUGAAAAAUAAACAAGUGAUUCAAUUAUAAAUAAAGAUUUCUACACUUAGAAGUAAUCAUCAACUUAAAGUGCCCUCUUUGGGGAUCGUAAUAGAGAUCCAUCUGGAUUCAUGAACUUAAGGUAAAUUUGCUCAAUUUACCUUUAAUAAAUAAAUACGUAUAUGUAUAAAAAAGGG